UACGCAGGUUGGCUUCACUCACUAUUAGUAUAGCACUUAGGAUAACACUUAUCUCUCUAGAUUUGGCACUGACUUGAGCGUUGGAGUGCUAACGGGCAUCCCGAAGCCCAUUCGACGCUUGUCUUUGCAGGAUAUUGGCGCCUGUGUUGUGAGUCGGGCCUGGAUCACGACCAGUGGGACCCGGGUAUCUUGGCACAAACAAUUGGCGCACCAGAUAGGGGGCACACAGAUCUAGGCGCAUGGAAGGCAUGAACGAGGGAGAUACGGGUGAGCACGGAUCGAGAUCGGGGAGCUCCAAUCAGGCGGAGAGUGAGCAUCAAUUAGGCCAAGAGCUGAGCAUGGAAAUAGAAGGAGAGGGUAGCCAGGGGCUCCCAGCCAUGGAAAGUGAGUCCCUAUCAAAAAGGGAAUUAUUUCGAGUCAUAGCUGAUCAGGACAAAGCCAUAGCGUGGUUGAGGAGGGAGUUGGAAGGAGGACGGAGUGAAGAUGAGAGGACGUAUAGCCCCACGAUGAGAAAGCGGGAUAAAGCGGUUGACGACUCCGAAUCCAGUCAGCAAAGGCACCCAUAUUGCAUGGGGCCAAGUGAAGAAAUGACACCCCCAGGCGCCAACAUGCAUAGAGGGCGCCUGUUGAGCCCGUGAUGUCCAGCCCGGAGGAGCGCAACGUCCGGGCGCCCAGUCGGCCAACCAGGCGCUUCGGUGUAAGACAACCCCUGGCGCGAAGCGUUCUAAUGGAGCAAGCGAGGACAACGAUCAUUGCCGAGCUAUGACGGAGUCACCGACCCAGAAGAUCAUUUGAAUAGUUACUUCACAAGGUGCAGCUGUAUAAUAGCUCGGACGCCACUCUUUGCAAGGUGUUCCCGUCCAUGUUCGCGGGACUGAUCUUAGACUGGUACCAUCAAAUCGAGGAGGGGAGCAUUGACUGUUUCAAGCAAUUUGCGGAGCUGUUUUUAUCCAAGUUCGCGAGUCGGAAGCAUCGGACCUUGACUAUAGGCGCCCUGUUUAAGAUAAAGCAAAGGGAUGGUU